GGGCGCUACCGCAUGUUCCUCGCGGCGAUACUGAACAUGGGGAACAAGUUCAGCGUCAGCAGCUGGUGUAGAGUGGCGGAGCUGGUCAUGAAAAUAAUGGCCACGCUCGGGCACACAGUAGUGCCAAUCUACAUCGACGACGCCAUCGUCCUCAGUCUCGAAGAGGGAGCGGAUGAGGCAAUAGAGGCAUACGAAGCUCUCUGCGACUGCAUGGGGCUGGAGCUCGCGACAAAAGCGACAGCACAGCAGGACUCGAGAAAGAGCCCUAUUGUGCGCAUACUGGGCCUCCACUACGACACAAGCCCAAAAACGGGAAUUGAUGUUGUGGAGCCAGACAACAUGCUCCAGCAGGUAGCGGAAGUCGCAAACGAGCUCCGGCAGAAAGUGAACACAGGACAGUUGGACAAAAAAGUGGUCCAACGACUGCUCGGACUGGCAAACUUCAUCACCGUGUCCGCGGCAAACAGAGCCGGAAACGAGAUCAUGAGAUCUCUUUACGCAUGG